UUAAACAGGAAUCUGUGCUGCCACAUUACAUUAACUGGUGCAACCGCAUACAAACAGUUGUCCUGAUUACAUGAGAGAUCUUGUCGGCAAAUUAUUUGAUGUUGUCAGUGUGCUGCCACCCGCCAGAAAGUAUGGUGAUUUGGAUAUAUUAGCGGAAAGAAAGAUCAUUAUCGAAAAAUUCACUCUUUCUUACUUUUUGAUCUGGUAUGUAUGGAAAGCGUCGUUGAAUGGACAGCACUUGAGCGUUGUUCUGUGUAUGUGUUGGUGACUUAUCAGUCUUUCAGCGUAUUACAAAUGCAGAAGCACUUUAGGGUUAGGUCAUGAUUUAACAACGGUAAUUCCCGAACAGUCAGUCAAGUUUGACAAGCAUGCAACAGUAGUAUGUGUGUUGCUUUCGGACUGAGAUAUCACUUUUCCUCACUUGAUUCAUAAUUAUGUGAACUGAAUGUUUUAUAUUUGAAGCAACUUGCAGUAACCAAAUAAUUUUAUCUGGUGUGCCGUGGGAAAUUUAAUUCCAACACCCAUUCCAUUCAUUUCCGGUCAUCAUGAUUCCACUGAACCGUGGAUUAUUUGCGAUAACCUUGUUAGUAACCUUAUUGGCAAUUUAUCCAUCUUCCGGUCGACGCAGUGGGGGCGGCAGCUGGGGUACAUCAUCUGCACGAACUGGUGGCAUCAGAUCAUCCGGCGGCGGUUGGGGCUCGAGCAGCAGUAGCAGCAGGUGGGGUACAAGCAGAUAUUCGGGGUAUGGCGGCGGACAAAAACGCGUCUCAUUCGGUGCCUUACCUUCCAGAACCAGUUAUGGUUCAAGCUCCGGUUCAGCAACCCGCUACGGAAGCUCCUCCUCGUCCGGUCGUUUUGGAAGCUCCUCCCCGUCCAGUUCUAGCUCGAGCCGUUACGGCUCCGGAUCAUCCCUCUCGACGGGCGGUUCCAAGAUCGGCGCGAGUAGCCCCUCAUCCGGCAGCCGCUUCGGCAGUAGCAGCCCGUCGAGUAGUAGUAGUGGCACGAAAUUCGGCAGCAGCAGUCCAAGCAGGUGGGCAUCAAGUAGUCCAUCGGCAGCAGUACGCACUCCUUCCAGUUCACGUUUCGGUACUUCUUACAGUGGAUCCGGUGUGCGCUACGGUGGCGGCUCCUAUACCGGAACAUCCGGAAGUGGCAUUAAGGUCAACACCGGAACGGGUGCGGCCAUCGGCUCGGGAGCAGCUGGAUCCCGCUGGGGAUCGAGCGCUUCAUCGGGCACUUCCCGUCAGACUGGUAUGACCGGCCUUCGCGACCGAUUCAGCCAUGGGACAUCGGGAACUUCCGGUAUUGCCGGCGCCGGUAUUCGCACGCCCAGCGCCGGUGUGGCUCGACCGAAUUACGGAUCUUCAUAUCGUCCACGCGUGUCUGCCCCCGCUGCAUCUAUCAGCCGACCAACCGUUGUCAACUAUUCGCCCCGGUAUACGACGUACAAUUACGGAUCUGGAUCGCGCUACAGCGGACUUAGUGGAAUAGGCGGAUAUGGAGGUAGCAGUUUGUUAGGCGCGCGCCGGGGACACAGCACGGCUUCUCUGAUUGCCACUGGUGCAGCGGCUGGUAUCGGAGGUUAUUAUUUGGGAAAAAUGAUGGGUAGAAUGAGUUCACCCUAUGGGUAUGGGGGCGGGUAUGGAUAUGGUGGAGGCUACUACGGCAGUUAUUAUGGAGGUUAUGGACCGUAUUAUGGUUAUGGAGGUUACGUUGUUCCCGGCUGUAUGGGCGGAUGCUCCCCGUAUUCGGCAUACGUUCCAUACCGAGACCGUUAUGCUGACUAUUAUACCCAUUCGGACACCAUUCAACAGUCCCAAAACACUGUAACAAACCAAGCUGGAGUAAGCCCCAAUCAGGACGCGCCAGUUAAUAAUGCGAAUGCCGGUCCGGCCACAGCAACCGAAGCUCCUGCUCCGAAGAACGUCGACCUGUGUAUGUUGGCCCGGUGGAAUCGUGAGAUCCCCUUUGCUGAAUUACCAAAUAUGGCCAUUGAAUUUGUGGCAAACAACAAUAUAUCCGGAAAUUCUACGUCAGACAAAGCAAAGUUCCUGUACGAAUUUCUUACGGCUUCCGUUGAUGCCUAUGAACAAUACAAUAGCUCUGCAGAUAUAUUCACCAUACCAUCAGGAUUUGACUUGAGCGCCUGCAAUAUCAAAGUGUCAAAGAGUGCCCUGGUUAACAGCGCCAAUCAAGUCCAACAGGAAGAGCCCGUGCUGACAUCUUUAAGGCAUAUGCUAAGCUUGUACUCAAACAAGAGUUCGGAUCCCGACGCUCUCAAAGAUGUUGUGAAUGCAGCCAAACUCUGCCUUCCACAAGGAGCAACGGUAACCAAUCCGGAAGUGCUGCCGUGCUUAGAUUACUCCCUCACACCCGAACAGUUGCUUAAACUCGAAGAGCCCCAUUCCAUGUUCGGGAGCGCGGAGAUUUGCCGUCGUCAGUUGAGUCCAGAUAUGUUUAAAUGUACACCAAAGAGCACAAGUUCCGGUUGCACACUCGACCAUCUGCAAAUUUUAAAUCUAUUUGCAAGAAAUUUUUACCUGUGCAGCGAAGCCGACAACGCUUCUAAUUCUGGAAGCCAAGCGCAACCAUCCGGCAGACUUAGCGGGGCCGACGCUUUCAGGGAAGCCUUUACUCCAGGCAGCGUCGGCGGGACAACCAAAUCCGGUGUUAUACAUUACAGUGGAACGUCUUGGGAUGCUUCGACAACAGCGAAACCAGGCUUUUGGUCAAGAAUAUUUGGAUAACCUGUGACAGUUGUCACUGUAUUAAGCACAACUUCCAAAUGAACUAUGUUGAAAGUAUUAUUUAUAUUGAUAGUUAUAAGAAGGGGUACUAAGCUCAAAAUCUGAAACUUUUGACGACAACAUUUUAUCUUUAGAUUAUUUUAAGGCUUGUCCGAACAACAAAAACCUUGUUCAUGUUGUGGGCGCGGAUAAUUAUUUCGAUUACUUCGACCUUGUUAAUUUGUUAUCAUGAUCACUGAUCAGAACUUGAAUUGUGA